AUGGAGCAUGAUCAAGAACAAGCCAUCAAGAUCUUAGUUGCGUAUUGCUACAAAUUUUAUUCUGACGAUAUCACAGAAUUAAAUAUUAUUAGUGAAUUUCAACAUGAUUAUCGUCGAGAACAAGCGAUUUGGUGGUAUACACGAGAGUGUUUUAUUUAUCAAAUGCUCAAUCGAGCACUUCGGACAUUGGAUGCCGAUAUAAUUAUUAAUAUGGGAUUUUUUAUUCGGGAUCUUCAUGAACAACUAUAUCAACUACAUGAAAAACAACUCCCAAAUUAUCAUGGUAAGCCUUUUAUAGUUUACCGAGGACAAGGUUUGUCGAAAACUGAUUUCGACAAACUCAGAAAAACAAAAGAUGGCCUACUGUCAUUUAAUAGCUUUUUAUCAACCAGUGCACAACCAGAUCUUCCUCUUGUUUAUGCCGAGAGUGCUUCAGGAAAUGCUGAUAAAGUAGGAAUAUUUUUUAUAAUGACUAUUGAUCCUCGUGUCUCAUCAGCACCAUUCGCCUCUAUUAACGAGGCUAGUUAUUACAGUGACGAAGACGAAAUUCUCUUCUCCAUGCACACCGUAUUUCGAAUAGAUACAAUUAAACAAAUGGACAAUAACGAUCAACUUUAUCAAGUAGAACUUCAACUAACUGCUGAUGAUGAUGAACAGCUCCAGCAACUUACUAAAUAUAUAAGCAAAGAAGUUGGAGGUGGCACAGGGUGGAUAAAAUUGGGUAACUUAUUACUCAAAACAGGACAUUUUGAUAAGGCUGAAGAACUAUAUAAAGUAUUACUUGAACAACCAUCGAGCGAGAGUGACGAAGCACUUUAUUAUAACAAUCUUGGAUCUGUCAAAGCUGAUCAAGGCGACUAUGAACAGGCUAUUGAAUAUUAUAAACAAGGACUUGAAAUUCUUGAAGAAACUCUCCCUGCAAAUCAUCCCUCGUUGGCUAUUUCCUACAACAAUAUUGGUAGUAUGUAUCAUGACAUGGGAGAGUACUUGAAAGCACUUUCAUUUUACGAAAAAGCACUUGAAAUCUUUAAAAAAACUCUUUCAGCAAUUCAUCCUUCGCUGGCUACUUCCUACAAUAACAUUGGUCGUGUGUAUAAUAAGAUGGGAAAGUAUUCGAAAGCGCUUUCAUUUUACGACAAAACACGUGAAAUCUUUGAGAAAACACUUCCUGUAAAUCAUCCUUCGUUAGCUAAUUCCUACAACAAUAUUGGUAGUGUGUAUAACAACAUGGGAGAGUACUUGAAAGCACUUUCAUUUUACGAAAAAGCACUUGGAAUUCAACAAAAGACACUUCCUGCAAAUCAUCCUUCGUUAGCUAUUUCUUACAACAAUAUUGGUAGUGUGUAUAACAACAUGGGAGAGUACUCGAAAGCAUUUUUAUUUUACGAAAAAGUACUUGAAAUCUUUGAGAAAACUCUUCCUGCAAAUCAUCCUUCGUUAGCUACUUCCUACGACAAUAUUGGUAGUUUGUAUAACAAUAUAGGAGAGUACUUGAAAGCACUUUCAUUUUACGAAAAAGCACUUGAAAUCUUUAAAAAAACUCUUCCUGCAAACCAUCCUGACUUGGCAACUUCCUACAACAAUAUUGGUAUAGUAUAUAUGAACAUGAGAGAGUACUUGAAAGCAGUUUCAUUUUACGAAAAAGCACUUGAAAUUUCAGAAAAAACUCUUCCUGCAAAUCAUCUUGACUUGGCUACUUCGUACAACAAUCUCGGUUUUCUAUAUGGGAACAUGAAAGAAUAUUCGAAAGCACUCUCAUAUUUUGAACGUGCUCUUGGCAUUUUCAAAGUUUCAUUACCACCAAAUCAUCCUCAACUUAAAGAUGUGAAACAGAGCAUUGAAAUUAUGAAACAGAGCAUUGAAGUUGUAAAAGAAGAAUUAUAA